AUGGAGAUUGUGAGAGAAAUCGGAGUUUUUUUGUUUCUUGCUGUGUUGUUUAGCCCAUUUUUGGUUAUUGAGCUGCAUGGUUUAAUAGAGGAAACAAAUGGUGUUGCUCAGUUUAACACUACUAUUGCAAGCCCUUUGCUUUCACAUGGAAGCAGCGAUAUUGCUAAAGAUGCAAACUCGACUAAGGAAGUUCAAUAUAAUAGCAAAAGUAAUAUGAAUAAUGGUCGGAGAGGAGGAGGAGGAGGGGGAGGUGGUGGUAGCGGUGGGGGAGGUGGAGGUGACGGUGGAAGUGGCAGUGGUAAUGGGAAAGGAAAAAAUAAAGAACAUAAAAGAAAAAGAGGAAAAAUGAGCGGCGGGGGUGGCGGUGGUGGUGGAGGAGGUGGCAAUGGCGGUGGUGGGGGUGGGGGUGGGGGUGGUGGCGGCAAUGGGGGUGGGGGAGGUGGUGGAGGAAAUGGUAAUGGCCAUGGUUGGGGUGGAGGAAAUGGGGGCGGGGGUGGAGGAGGUGGAGGAGGAGGAGGAGGAGGAGGUGAAGGUGGAGGUUGGGGUUGGGGAGGAGGCAGCGGUGGAGGUGGAAAUCAGCAGGGAGGGUGUUGGGGAUGGGGAUGUGGUGGACACCCAAAAAAAUCAAUUGGAAGUUGA